UUUCUAUAUAAAGCACAACGUCCAGAGUCCAAUUCAAACUCAGAAUUGAAUAGGCGGAAAGAAACAUUUUAACUACAGCACCAAGAACAAAACUAACUUCCUCAACUGUUUCUGAGAGAGAGAGAGAGAGAGAGGGAGAUGGAGCAAGGGAAAGUCUUUAUACAUAUCUUCAUCUGUCUCCUUACUCUACUCUCUUGCAUCCUUGUCCUGAAAGCCAAGAGAAUAUUUUCAUACAUGUCCUUAAUCCUGGAAAAGGAGAAAGUAGUAACCUGGCGAAAGUCUAGGCUCCCUCCAGGCUCAAUGGGGUGGCCUUGUAUAGGAGAAACUCUGCAACUUUAUUCUCAAGAUCCCAACGUCUUUUUUACUGAUAGACAAAGAAGGUAUGGAGAAGUCUUCAAGACUAACAUUUUAGGUUGUCCUAGUGUGAUGCUGGCUAGCCCUGACGCAGCUCGAUUUGUGUUGGUGACUAAAGCUAACUUAUUCAAGCCUACAUAUCCCAGGUGUAAGGAGGUUUUGAUAGGCCCUUCCGCCCUGUUUUUCCACCAAGGAGAUUACCACAUGCGCCUGAGAAAGCUGGUGCAAAGCUCCUUAUAUCCUGAGGCUAUUCGUAAUCUUGUCAAUGAUGUUGAAGCUAUUGCAAUCGCUACGUUGGAGUCCGUUGCAGGGGGCCAUGUUCUUAACACUUUUGAUGAAAUGAAAAGGUACUCAUUCGAAGUGGGCAUUCUCGCUAUUUUUGGUCAUUUGGAAGCCCCACGUAAAGAAGCAUUGAAGCAAAACUAUAGCAUUGUGGAUAAAGGUUACAAUUCUUUCCCAACAAAAUUUCCUGGAACUCGUUACAGAAGGGCCUUACAGGCAAGGAAAAGGCUAAGUGAAAUCCUCAGCACGAUCAUAAGUGAAAGGAAGGAACAAAGAACACCUGAGAAAGACCUGUUGGGAUGUCUUCUGAAUUACAAAGAUGAAAAUGGUGAAGUCCUGAAGGAGGAUCAGAUUGCAGAUAACAUCAUUGGUGUUCUAUUUGCCGCCCAGGAUACUACAGCCAGUGUCAUGACAUGGAUAGUCAAGUACCUCCACGAUAACCCGAAACUUCUGAAGGCUGUAAAGGCCGAACAGAAGGCUAUCUACCAAUCAAAUACCAAAGAACAUUGUCAGUUGACAUGGGCUCAGACUAGAGAGAUGCCAUUAACUUACAAGGUCAUCUUAGAGAGCUUAAGAAUUGCAAGCAUUAUAUCUUUCACAUUUAGGGAAGCAGUAGCUGAUGUAGAGUACAAAGGGUACCUUAUUCCAAAAGGUUGGAAGGUAAUGCCUUUGUUCAGGAAUAUUCAUCACAAUCAAGAAUUCUUUACUGAACCCCAGAGAUUUGAUGCUUCAAGAUUUGAGGUUGCCCCAAAGCCCAACACUUUUAUGCCAUUUGGCAGCGGAGCACACGCCUGUCCUGGUAAUGAGCUUGCAAAGCUGGAAAUGCUCGUACUGAUCCACCACCUAGUCUCCAAGUUCAGGUGGGAAGUGGUGGGAUCUAAUAAUGGAGUUCAGUAUGGUCCAUUUCCGGUCCCUCUGCGUGGACUCCCAACCAGAUUAUGGAAAGAAUCUACCGCCUAGCACCAAAGGACAAGAAGGAGCAGCCUGGCUUCUUGCGACGGCACAUCCAUCCCCUUCAUCGAAUUUUAUCAAUUAGAUUCAGUUAGUACAAGGAAAUUCUCUCUAACUCUAUCCCAUCGCAAAGGAAAUCGGGAAUAGAUUAAAGAUCUCCCAUUUUCUUUCAAUGAUGACAAGUUAUGUUCUUCAUUCUCAUUUCUCAAUCAAGAAUUUCAUUUUACAUCUCUCCCUUACUUUGCCUACUUUUACAGAUUGCAACUUGUGCCCAUUUUACAUUGGAAGAAUCUUGAAUUCGAUAAAGAGCUAACCUUCGAAACAAAAGAGGGUAGACUUUCAUUUCAGGAAUCAUUCCUUUUACACUGUCUCGGCAUUGUUAUCCUAUUGCGUUUGUGCGCUCGAAAUUUGAUUUGAGCCCUCUUGUUUGUUCGGGUAGAAUAGAUCAUAUAAUGUUCUUGUUUUUUUCGACGUGUGUCUAGCUCCAUGCUAAAAGGUUCUUCACUUGAGGAUACAAAGGUACCCAAGUGUUUAUAGUCUCAUUGGUUUCUGUAAAGGGGAUGCGGCCGUCAGCUGUAAGGCACAAUCUAAAAGCGUCCUGCCUUUACUUUGUUGACCAAAACCAGGCUCGGCCAGAGCUUUGUAAACAGGGGAUGCUAAACUGUGGCUGCUAGAGCUUUGUAAUUGUAUUCGAGGAGAGUAAUGUGAAUUUUCAGUUUAGUGGCUC